AUGCACGCCAAGGCGCGCAUCGCAGUAACAGCGCGCCUCCUCAUGAACGACAACGAUCAGCUAGCUGUCUUUGGCGUUGCCUUGCGUCGCAAGGUCAGUCGGGGGACUCGGCCGAGCUCCGCGAUGUCUGCGUUUCGACGGGUCCCGUCCGUGCUCCCGACCAGUCCGCGAUGCCACGAAGCUUCGCGGACCAAGGCCUGGAUCCUCAGGUGA